GAAAAUAGAAGAAGGCGAAAAAUGGCGGUUUCUCUCCCGAACUCGUUUCUUCAGAUUAACCCAUGUGUUCCUUCUCUGGAAUUGAGAAAGCCGGUUAUGGCGGCAGUGAAAGGAGGAAAACAAUCGGCGAGAAGAAGCAGCAAUACGGUGGUGCAAAUAACGUGUCGUAAGAAGGAUUUGCAUCCAGAAUUCCACGAAGACGCGAAGGUAUACUGCAAUGGAGAGCUGGUGAUGACGACGGGAGGAACAAAGAAAGAGUAUGUGGUUGAUGUUUGGUCAGGUAACCAUCCGUUUUACCUUGGGAAUCGUUCGGCUUUGAUGGUUGAUGCUGAUCAAGUGGAGAAGUUUCGUAAGAGGUUCGCUGGGCUUUCUGAGAUUAUGGAGAUUCCGGUGCUUAAAGGAGAAAUCGUUAUGCCUACUAAGAAAAGUAAAGGUCCUGGCAAAGGGAAGAAGAAAUGAUGAGCCAGAGUUUGUGUUUUUUUUUUUCUGGUAAAAACUUAUAUGCCUUUGAAUUUGUUGUCUUUUCUAUUGAAUGCAAGUGACAUCUAUUUGUUUCAUUGAGAGUGAGACUGAGAAAUUGGAAUUUGGUGCUCUGUGUUAUCACU